AUGGGUCGCGUCGUUAUGUUCGCCGUUGCUGCGGUCGUCGUGGUCGUCGUUUCGCUCUGCUCGUCAUACCCAGUCGCUGCAUCUUCCCCUGAUGGGGGUCCCAUCACGGGAGGCGGAGGCUGGCUUCCCUCCGCGAGAAGCGCAGAUGGGGGUUCCAUCACGAGAGGCGGAGGCGGGCGGCCCGUCAUGGCAGGCGGAGACGGAGGUCCGAAGAAGGCAGGCGGAGGUGGGGGGCGCCCCACGGGAGGCUGGCCCUAUGGGAUGGGGCCACCAUCAUUCAGGCAGAAAAACGCGCUGAGGGUGGCCAGGUCCGCCGUCGAAAUGUACAACAGUAAGAUGAACAAGAAGCUCCGCUUUGUGACCGUCAUAUCGUUCCAAGUGGCGCCUGCCCGCCAAGCGGUGCUUGGCCGCAAGUGGAAAAUGGUCCUGCUUGCCGAGAACCUUGGGAGUCCCGUCCAGUACGAGGUGGAGAUUAACGAAAGGCCAUGGGGAGUUAUUAAGGUGCUCUCUUUCAAGGAGGUGAAGUUCUCUGCACGGAGCAACUCAGUGGCGUAG